AUGAAUUAAUUGGAUGACCUUGAUAUUGAUGAAGAUUUUUUAGUUCAACCUGCUAAUCAAUUCAUUGAUGAUGAUCAAAAUGAAGACGAUAUUUUUGAUGAACCUACUUAAACAUUUGUUAAUGAUAAUAUGCACAUUAAUGAAGAAACUCGAAAAAAAAUAAACAAUGAUUUUAAAGAAAAGCUAGAGAGAUUUGUACCAAAAUUAUUCUAGUAAGCCUAAAUUAAAACACGUGAAAUCAUAGGCAUUAAAUAAAUCCUUAAUUCUUUGAAAAUCUCUGAUAAGCUCAUUCUAGAAUAAAGACAGAAAGAAAGGUAAGAAUAGAAUAAUCAAAAUCAAUAUAAUGGACCUAAGUAAAGAAUUCAAAAAAGAAACACUGAAGAGUUCCUUAUUGACAAACUUAAAAAGCAUUUGAUUGAAGGUUCUAAUCUAAAUUUUACUAUCCACGAUUUAAAUUAUACUCAACUCUAUUUAUGUCAUAAUCCAUGCGUAAUCUUCAUUAAAACACAACACCCAUAUCAUACACUUGAUAUAGUGAAUUAAAUGUUAAGGAAUCUCAAAAAUCCAUAAUUGUUUGAACAAGAUAAAUUUAAUACUUUGCAAAAUGAAUUUGGACAAAAUUGUUUAAAAUUGGUUAUCCAAUAAAUGUAAUAUAAUCAUUUGGUUGUUCAAAUCCCUGGUGGUUCUAUUAAAUUUGAAAUUAAAGCAGGGAAUGAAAAUUAAAAUUUAGACAUUUAUAAGGAUCAAAUUAUGAAUGUGUAUUGUUAAAUCAAUCCAGAAUUAAAGAAGAUAUGUGCAUUCUUAAACUAUUGGGCAUAUCAAAGAGGUAUCUUGGGAGAUCAUGCACUCCCUGAAUUUGCUUUGUAUUGUAUGAUAAUCGAUUUCUUUAUGACCUAAUCAUUGAUACCUAACAUAUUUAGUGAUUAAUACAGUCAAUGGAGUUAAGAAAAACUGCAAUUGAAACAGAAAAUCAAAGAUAGUGAAGAUUGUAGAUUGUCUAAAUUUAAUAAAGAUGAAUACAUAAUUCAAGUGACAUAAAAAAAUGGAAGAAAAGUAGAAAAGAUAUUUUGGCUAUCAUUUCCUAGAAGCAAAGAAGAGAUCAAAGGUGUAAUUGAAUAAUGGACUAAAACCCAAGAAAAACAAUAUCAAUAAAUCCCUUAAUUUAAUAUAGGCUAUUAAAUCAGUGUAUUCUUUCAUCUUUGGAACCAAGUUGAAAAAUACAAAGUUCCCCUUGCAUUAACCAGUGAUGUUUAAAAAGAAGGUUAAGAAAUAGGAUUAAUAAUCUAUAAUCCAUUCAUUAAAAAUCAGAUUUUGACUCCCCUGUUGCAAAAACGCCAAAAGAAUGAAGAAUUUAAGUCUUCCAAUAUGUAUCAAUAGGUGAGAUAAGAAUUCAAAAGAGCUUACGAUUUGAUUUUAUCAUGUAAUUUUGCUGAGUUAUGUGACAAAUAGUAAAUAUUAUGA